AUGGCAACCGUCGCCUCCAGUUCAGUCAUGGGAUACGCUGGUGGUGAAUACAGCAAAUCUAUGCCUGUCAUGCCAGGGUUACGCUGCAGUGACGCCAGUAUUUCAUGCGGCGAAAGCGACGGGAGCGUUUCCCGGUUUUGCCUCGAGAGAAUGGAUGAAGACUUUCGACAAUGCUGCAUGAGCAAGUGCCCGUCUGCUGGCAAACAACCCGACCGUUACUGCAGCGCGAUCAAUGUUCCGUGUGACGGAUUCGACUACGACGCGUCCUCGUUUUGCAGCUGGAAGAAAGAUCCCAAUGUCGAGUUCAAGGACUGCUUGUAA